AUGGUAGGAAGUGCUCUCGUUGAAGUGUGUGGAAGUAUAAUUGUUGGAUUGACUCGCGGUGUUGCUGAGCACUACAACCCAAAUGAUACCGAGUUUGAUCCAGAGACCUUUGGUUUCUAUCCUCUGGAAAGAACGGGCUUAGAAUGGGUCAUCAGUUCCGAUGAAGAGUUAAUUUUCCAAGAGUACGGUGACAGAGAAAUCGGUAGAAGUGCUGGCAAUAUUUUUUAUGACAAUGUUCAGCCAAGACUUAUUGACGCGUGCUCGCCAGAUGACCAACUUAAAGAGGAUAGGACAAACGAGGACCAAAGAGUUAAUAGAAUCAUGGAUUGGAAACAAUUCAGACCAUCUAUAUUAAGUACGCUUUGGAAUUCAAUGUAUUUUGGAUUCUUAAUUUCCUUGCUGAGUGCGGUCCUGAUUGGAGCGUUCUCUAUUCUCGUGUAUUAUUUGAGCUAUCAAACAAUAUUAGUUUGCCUGGCUCGUCCAAGGGAAUCCAUUCCAGUCAAGAUUCAAUGGUCAAAGACUGCUUUUGAAAGCACUGAAGCAGUCUUCAUUCACCUUUCAUUUUUUGUUAACAAUCUCUUUUACUUUAAAUCAUAUCAAAUCAAGGGAAUGAAAAUUAAACUUUUUUUGAUAUCCUCCUUUAUCUUCGCUUUCUACGUAGCUUAUCGCAUUGCUCUUCAGGGCCUUGGUGCUUCUUAUUCCGAUUUAACGCCUGUACAAAGUAUCCUUGGAAACGUGAUAUUUUUAUUUAGUAUGUGCAUGCAAUCGUGGGCUCUUGCUAAGCACUUCUUCCAGGCUGUUAGAGCAAGAAAAGUGAAAACGUUUCUUUGGAUAAUAGGAUCUACCCUCUUUACAUUUAUUGUAGCCACAGUGGCUGCUUACUUCGUUUAUCCUGCGUAUAACAAGCAAGACAAAACAGGUAAAGUUUACAUUGCUUUAUUCACCCCUCUGAUUGGAGUUGUUCUGAAAGCUUCCUCGCGCCUGUUUGUUCAGCGUUUAUGGAGAAUAAGUCAUCCCGGAAAAACCUUUGUAUAUCUAGUACCACUGUAUUAUGGGUCUGCCGUCGUGCUAAGGCUUCUUCAAGUGGAUCUUGAUAGUUUGAAGGCAGUGGCUUUGAUCGGAGUCAUCCACGGCAUCGCAGAGGUUAUAGAAAGAAGUAUUAUAGUCUUGAUUGACUACAUUUACCAUCAGAUUUAUGAAAGAAAACGACUUUGUUGGGGAAGUUUUCGAACCGCUCGACGCGAGAGAUUAGCGACAGAUAUUGCCAUAAUGAGUAUGCUUUAUGAAGCAAGUGCUGUUAUCUCCGUGAACGGCUUUCUUCACUUGCAUGAAUAUUUCUACACAGUGGACAAGACAUCACUGGAAUUACUUCAAUCGUUUGCGAUCACUACAGCAGUUCCACUGAUUAUAGAGUGGUUCUUCACGUGUUUGAGUAUAGCUAUUGAGACUCGGUAUCAGAACAGGCCAAUUAUGGCAGUCUGGCGAAGGCAGUGGAAAAUACACUUGACCGUGGCAAUGUUUAAUACAUUGCCAAUAGCUGCUUGGUCCAGCCUGAAUCUUUUGACCGCAAUUGAGGGACGAUUCCCUACUGUUGUGGACUAUUGCGCGAUGCCAUUUAGCCAUUUAUAG